AUGGCGCCAGUUCAGGGCUUAGAGAGCCUCUCUAAUGCCCUUGCUACUCCAUCGCAGCUGACCAGUUCCUCUUCCUCCCUGGACGGUAUCCCUUCCGACUUGGAGGCAUCUAUUCGCUUUGCAGGCGCCCUGUUGACCCAAGCUGCUGGCGUGCUUCUGCGAUUGCCCCAAGAUGUGAUUGCUCAGGCCAUUGUGAUCUUCACUCGAUUUUGGAUUGGUCCAGAAGGCGGAAGCCUUGCAAUCUACUCCGCUAAGAGGAGAAAAUCUGAUCAAGACCCAUUAUUCGAACAGGAUGUAUCCGCAGCGGCUCUAUAUCUGACAGCGAAGCUGUCGUUCCAUCCCACGUCCCCCCGCUCGGUUCUGACUGUCUACACAUAUCUUCUUUCCAAGGAUGCCUCGCCGCUGUGGUUCGUCAAUCCGAAUGGAGUCGCCAACAAGCCCGCGCCGGAGACAUACUACCUAUCCGAGGGGGGCUACCACUCCGAGCGACUGGUGCUUCUGAGGAUGGAGUCGGUUAUUCUCCGCACCCUGGGCUUCAAUACGCACGUUGCCAUCCCCCAUACGAUUGCUCUUACAUAUCUCCAGACAAUGAAUGCGACAACUCCGGCGGUUGCUAAGCGCGUUUUUGAGCACCUUAACGCGUCCCUGCUGUCACCACAACUUCUCUAUGUAACCCAUCAGCCCAAUGCCUUGGCUGUGGGUGCCAUCUACCUGGCCGCCCGUGAGGUUGGAGUGAAGUUGGUCGAUGGCGAGUGGUGGGAAGUCUUUGACGUGGAUCGCGAAGAGCUUGGCUUCUUAGUGGUCGCCAUGAAAAGUAUGGCUGGCUUUGCGAAGGCGGAGAAGGAAAAAUGGGGAGGCAGGCCCAUACCAUUGACCGUCGACGAUGAAGUGCAGGCUCUUGGCUGCCAUUAUUCCUGGGCAGCGCAGGAAGCAGGUCAUUGGAAUGGGCGUUUGGCCAGGAUACAAAUGCGAUCAGACCUUACACCCCGUGCCGCUGAGUCCGAGUCGAGAGGCUAUGGCAUUUCCUCAGUCGAGUCUCUUGCACACGGCAGUGUUCUCGUCAGAGAAAAGGGAAAUUACGAGAGCACAUCCCGUCAACGCUACAAAUCCGAAUUGGGAAACAAUGAUCACGACCCUGGUGGAACAAAUAGAGGAAAUUUCCUCGUCGGGAAGAACGUGAUGGAAGUUGCAAAGCAUGUUCAUCGCUGCUGUCUGCCUCUGGGUAUUGCAUCACAGAACCCCGCAUUCAGAGUUCCACUCCAACUCCGCGCGAUGUCAAAGAACAUCAUCCAUCAGACUUGGUCGACCUGGCGGGACUGGAUCACUCCGGUCUCUCACACGUCGACGUUUCGUACCACAGGCAAGAUCACUCCGGAGGAGUUCGUCAGGGCCGGCGAUUACCUCGUUUACAAGUUCCCGUCCUGGUCCUGGGAAGAUGCCUCGACCCCAGCGAAGCGAGUCCCCUACCUGCCUCCGGGUAAGCAGUACUUGGUGACGCGGGGCGUCCCAUGCCACCGCCGGCUGAAUGACAACUUUGCCGGCGAUCAGGAAGAUGUCAUUGUCCAGGAUAUGCUUCGGGGCAGUGGCGACGACGACGACGGGUGGUUGCGGACGGGAGGAGGACGGGAGUUUUCCGACAGCCAAGAAGCCAAGUUGAAGGACGUUCGGACAGUCGAUGAGGCAGGGAAUGUUGGCGAGCGGGAAGAAGAGGAGGACGAGAUCCCAGACAUGGAGGACGAGGAUGACGAGGAGGCAAUCAUCCGGGAACCGGCCGGGAAGUCGGGCACCACAGCACCUGUGCGAACAUACAAUCUCUACAUCACUUAUGCCAACUACUACCGCACGCCACGGUUGUAUCUGUCGGGCUACCAGGCGGGGGAGCCGCUUCCUCCCCAUUUGAUGAUGGAGGAUAUUGUGGGAGACUACAAGGACAAGACGGUCACGUUGGAAGAUUUCCCGUGGUUUGACACCAGCGUCCCGAUGGCGACCGUUCACCCGUGCCAGCACGCCUCGGUCAUGAAGACCCUCCUCGACCGUGCCGACGCGGCGCUCAAGUUGCGCCGCCAGAAGCUCAAGCAAGCGCAAUCUCUGGAUGAAGCCACGAAAGUGAAGGUGGAGAGCGGGCUAGAAGGACUUGUGGACGAUACCAAGGCACUGUCUCUCUCCGACAAGCGCGGCACGGCCAGCACCGCCCCUGGAGGGGGCGCAGGCGACGAGUGGGAGGUGCUGCAGCACGAGGCCAACCUGGAGGAAGACGAUGAGCAAGAGUCUGCGAUCCGAGUGGACCAGUACUUGGUUGUGUUUUUGAAGUUCAUCGCGAGCUCAGUGCCCUCCUUCCUUCUUUCUCCUCUCUUCCACCACUACUUUCUUAGAGAAGAAAAGCCAUCUCUAUCUCGGAAGAAACAAGCUUACCGUCCUACUACUACUAUUACUACUGCAAACAUGAUAGAAGAACUCUUCGACCUCCUCCACUGCUACCCAGCCUCGCACCACCUCCGCGUCUGGAAACAAGCCUUCACGAAGCGCGCCGUGAACGCAUCGCAGCGGAACUGGAUCAGGGACUACGAGGAGGAAGAGCAAGCGGGGAUCGCGAUCCUGCAGCGCCGCAUCUUUGUCGAGGAGGAGAUGCGAGCGGCGCAGAAGCAAACACAGCAUCAGCAGCGGUAUCAACAACAUCAUCAUCAACAACAGCAACAGAAACUGCAAUUGCAGCUGCAGAAAACACAGCUGCAUGAAGACGACGAUAUAAUCAGAAGUGACGAUACCGAUGUCGAUGUCGAUGACGACGGUAAUAAUAAUACUAAUAAUGAUGUUGCUGUUGCAGUCGGCGCAGCAACCACCUGGGCGAAAGAAUUCUCCGCCCUGAACCAGAAAUACUUCCUGCACCAGCAGGCGCUGCACGACCUACUCAAGGCCAAGCCCCGGGGCGCGCAGAUCCGGGAAUGGGAAGUGAACCGCUGCCGAGCGCGCAAAGGCUGGCGCUGGACGCGCAUGAGCAGCCUGCUGCUGCGCAGACAGGCGCGCGAGGAGAGCGAGCUGUGCGCCGUCCGAGGCGGGUGCUGUGGUCGCGGCUGUGGAUGUUGCGAGAAGUCGUUGGCCAGGUAUCAUAUCUACCAGAGUAGUGGUCAUCAUAAGAAAUCAUCGUCGCGGCGGUUUUUCGUCUUCUCCGUCUCUUCAUCAUCGUCAUCAUCUUCUACUUCAUCCUCCGGGGAAGGAGGAGCGGGAGGAGGAGGAGGUGGUGGUGGUGGUGGUGGAACAACGACAACGACAGCGACGGGUCCAGGGACAGGAACAGGAGCCGGAGCAGGAACAGGAACAGGAACAGCAGCAAAAAAGACAGGGACAAAAGAGCUCUACGGGCAUUGCACGGUCGACUGCCCCUGCUGUACUCGCUUCCGGGGCUUUCACAAGCCUGAUGCCAGUGUGGUCGAAGCGCGCGAGGAGGAGAGGAAGGCGAAGAAGGAGCAGCAGGAGAAGAAGAAGCAGGAGAAGAAAGGGGGGAUGGGGAAUGGAAAUCAAUCUUAA